GAUAAAGCACGCAUUAGUUCACAGAUCCCUCCACAGCGUCGUAGUUGUUUCACUGACUGUAAGAGAAGAACGGAUAAAAUGAAAUUAUCUGCGAUCUGUCUACUGGUGAUGUGCGCAUGCGCAGUGAACGCCGCCACACGCCGCCGAUUAAGGUCACGUCCGUCAAGCACUGACGUCACGCUGUCCGGAACCAUCGCGAGGGACCAGCCAAGAUGGCCGCGUGGCCCCCGCGGCUUGCGCGUGAACAACCAAAACAGAAAAGGCACGGAGAACUUCAUCGUGGGUGGCACGUUAGCAGUUAGCAGCACGGCACCCUGGCAGAUUGUGAUGUAUGCUGGAGAGACAUCUGGUGGCUAUCCAUCGUCGGGUUGUGGUGGAACUCUCAUUAAUAGCCGUUGGAUUCUAACAGCUGCUCACUGCACAAAUGGCAAGAGACCCGCCGAUCUACCCCUGAUGGUUGCUGGGAGUCUGAAUCUCUUCUCCAUCGAUGCUGGGCAAUAUCGAUGGACGGAAAAAGUUAUAACUCACUCAAACUUCAAUCCAAAUACUUUGGAGAACGACAUCGCUCUGAUAAAGCUGUCGGCUGGCUUCACAACUGACAGCUAUGUAGCGCCGCUUCCCAUAGCAACGAGUACGGCGGACGUUGGAGGCCAGCUGAUGCAAGCCAGUGGUUUUGGCACCACAUCAAGCGGAGGAGCCAUAUCCGAUCAGCUUCUUUAUGUUCAUCUUCCAAGUCUGACUAACUCUCAGUGUACCGCUGCGUACGGUAGCGCCUUUAAGUCCGGCAUGCUCUGUGCAGGAGAAACCGGAAAGGAUUCUUGUCAGGGAGACUCGGGUGGACCGCUGGAGUGUAGUGGCAGGCUGUGUGGCGUCGUAUCGUGGGGCUAUGGCUGCGGCUCAGCCAGCUAUCCGGGAGUCUACACACGUGUGGCAAGCUUCAACACGUGGAUCACCGACACGAUUGCUAGCAACUAGGCAACGCGGCGUGACGUCAGCAAGCCCGUGACGCCAUCACGCACGGGACGUCAGCGCACUCACGUGAUGCGACGGGACCGCAUGUCACGUGACAGACGCUGGCGACGGCCCGUUGUAGGAUGCAUGGGCCUUAAUUCUUAUUGGCAUUGCUUGAUCCGGAUCUCACGGGUAUGUAGGGGUUUCAACUAGGUGCUGCCUGUGAUGGAACUACUCACAGGUCGUGUAUCGUGUGAUCUCAAGAUAUUAUCUACUCAUUAUAUACAUUUUAUAUUACUGGUCAGGAAUUCUUAUACUACUGGUUAGAUAUUUUUAUGCUACUGGUUAGAUAUUUUUAUACUACUGAUUAGAUAUUUUUUAUAAUCCUCGUUCCUGCAAAUAAUUGCUACAUUUUCAGUGAAGGCACUGGUCUGAACCCGUGUCAUUCUAGAAGCGUGUUGGGUAUUAUUAUUUUGGUGCUGUCAUGUGUUACGCACUGUUCCACUAUUAUAUCACGAUUGUAUGAUAAUCAGCGGGUAUUAUAUCAGGAGGACGUUAAUCUCGCGCGUUCGAGUACAAUAUUACUGUAUUGCACAUUACUUGUAUGUGUGUAGAUCUAUGUAUACAUUACUAUUAGUAUUACUACAUGUAUAUCUAUUGUUUGCAUGAUUCGUUAAAAGCGAAUAAACUAUCUGAUUGAUUGAUGAUAGUUCACAACAA